AUGGCGGAAAUCAGAGCUGCGGACGAGUAUGGAGAUGGGGUUUCCUGGUUCAGGGGCUCCAUCAUCGGAAAAGGAGCUUUUGGGACUGUCUAUUCAGCCACUCUCAAGAACCCCACGUCGAAAUACAGCUCCUUCCCCUCACUAAUGGCGGUCAAAUCGGCCGAGGUUUCUCUUUCCGGCUCGAUUCAGAAAGAACGGGAAAUUCUCGGCAACGUCAGGGGCUGUCCCUACAUAAUCAGGUGCUUCGGCGAGGAGACGACGGUCGGUGCUAGCGGCGCCAUGGUUUACAACCUGCUGCUGGAAUACGGCUCCGGCGGAACCCUAGCUGGCAGGAUCAGGGCAUCCAACGGCGGCCGGGGGCUGCCGGAGCACGAGGUCAGGUCCAUCACGAGGUCAAUUUUGAAGGGCCUGAGCCACAUCCACGGGCUCGGGUACGUCCAUUGCGACUUGAAGCCCAGUAACAUACUUCUCGUGAACGGAGGCAGCCAGUUCCGGGCCAAGAUUGGGGAUUUCGGGCAGGCCAGGCGGGCUGGGCGUAGCCGGAAGAGGAAACUCGGGGCCUACUGGCGGGGCACACCCAUGUACCUGUCGCCUGAGGCCGUGCUGGAAAAUGAGCAGGAGGGGCCGAGCGAUCUGUGGGCUCUCGGAUGCAUCGUGCUUGAGAUGCUGACGGGGAAGCCCCCGUGGGCCACGCCGGAAAAGGAGUCGAGUGCUAAGGAGAUUGUUGCAAGGGUCGGGUUGGGCCGGGAAGUGCCUUGGGUCCCGGCUGGACUUUCAAAGGAGGCCCGGGAUUUCCUGAAGGGAUGUUUCGUGCGGAAGCCCGAGUUUCGGCUGACGGCCGAGAUGCUCUUGAAUCACCCGUUUGUGGAGGGUUUGGACGCUGAGGAUGAUGGUGAUGAUGAAGUUGAUGAGGUGGAGGAUGUCGAUGAGCUCGAGUCGAUUUUGUUGGUCUCCGAUAGUGAUGAUGAGUUGGUUACUUUCGACUUGAGUGGUUAUUGGUCCGGAGAUGAAAAUGAGAUCAUUAUGUCCAAUAUUUCAGAGGAAAGGGAGUUGAAAGUUAUAGAAAAUGGAGGUUUAAGGGGCUCUGAGGUUGAUGUCGAGUUUGAUCGGCCGAAUAAGAAGUUGAAAGAGAUCAGGAGUCAAGUUUAUCCGGUUAGUUUUAAGGUACCUGCAGGUGUGUAG